UCCCGCAGACCCCACAGAGACCUGGUUCACAGCUGUUUGACGGUCUCUCUGAAGGACCUGAAGGCUCCGGCAGACCCCACAGAGACCUGGUUCACAGCUGUUUGACGGUCUCACUGAAGGACCUGAAGGCUCCCGCAGACCCCACAGAGACCUGGUUCACAGCUGUUUGACGGUCUCUCUGAAGGACCUCUUGCAGACCCCACAAAGACCUGGUUGACGUCUUGCGACUAUAAAAGAAAAUGAAGGUCCCACAGUGGAUCCUGGUGACUCUGGUGUUUUGUCAAAACGUGCCUCCAGGAGCCGGCGAGGUGAAGAGGGUGAAGGACGGCGAGCCGGUGGACUUGACCUGCGCGCCCGUACCGGGGUCCAGCCUCGUGGUCCAGUUCCGACUCCUCGACACCGGCAUGGAAUUCAUCGCGUCUUUCAGCAAAGACGGCUUUCUGAAGUUGUCCAGCGACGCCUUCAAGUCCACGUUCAGCGACUUGAGGAGAGACGGGAACUUGAGGCUGAGGUCCUUCAACAGGACUCGGGACAGCGGCGUCUACGGCUGCGCGGCGCUGGUCGGCAACAAGUUGGAGUUCGGCAAAGUGGUCCGACUGGUCGGAGGACCGGUUGAAGUCGCAGUCGAGGCGCCGCAGAACCCCGCCGCUCCAACCCGCUGCAGCACGGUGGCGCCGUGCGUUUGCACCAACGAGGAGAACAUCGAGCGAGGGGGAACCGGUCCUCGGAUGGUUUGCUCCCCAAUCGUACUGGGAGCACUGGCCGCCGGCUGUGGCCUUCUUCUUCUCCUCCUCAUCGUCAGCACCCUGUACUGCAACCACAUCCGAACCCGGAGAUGCCCGCACCAUUACAAAAGAAAACCGCGGCCGACGGCGGGGAAACAAAUGAUGACCGACAGUCACGUUUAAUCUAAAUUAUGUCAUUUAAUUUAAUGUUUUACAGCAAUAAUGUGACCGUUGUGUGGAAGUUGCAGAUUAUUUUCAUCCUAUUUACAGUUUAAUUACAUUCAUGGUAAAUUCAUAAAACGUUCUGAUUGUAACAGGAACUAUAACAACUUUAUAAAGUGCUGAAAGGAUGUAAAUCCUUAAGAUCUUUAACAUCCAGAUUAGACAUUAGAUUAAACUCUUAUGAAUUCACAUGUCUAUUUAUUGAAUUGUAAUACAUGUUUAUUGGAAUAGAAAUCACUCAAGUCCUUUGAAUAUUCUUUAUGAUUAACAUUUAUUUUGAAAUUGAUGUUCAAAUUGUUAUAUAAUUAAUUGUGCCGUUGUUGUAUUAGGCCAAAGCUAAUUCAGUUUUUUUCUCAUAAUUACAUCUUUUAGUUUUACUUGAAUUGAAUUUUACUUUUGCAUUCUAAAAAAAUUAAGUUAAAAAAAGAAGAAAUUGCUCUGAUAAUGCUUGAAAUGUUAGUUUUAAUUAAACUUUUUUUAAUUGUUCCAAGUUAUAUUUUUCUAUAUUUGAGAUAUCGAGGAACAAAUAUGUAAUCAUAUUAUUAUAAUGGGAUGUACCGUAUUUAUAAAUGGUCUCACUAUAGGAGGGUUUUAGAACUUAAAAUAAAUAUAUUUAACAAAUGG